AAUUUAUUUUUACCAACAUGUAAAUUUAGGUAAGUACUAACUUUGAAUAUUACAUCUUUUACAUUGUAUCUUGGUUGACGUGAUCUGGUCCUGGCAGAAUAUCAGUGCCUCUCCCAUAGGAUGAAGCGUAGUUCUGAGCCAAAACCCUUUUGUUUUGCUGCGACGCACUCAACAUUUUCUAUAUGUAUAGAACGGUAUUUCAAUGUAUAUUUUUCUUUCUUCUAUUUUGUAAAAAUGUGUGUUUUUCUUGUUUGAUUUUGUAUUAUAUUAUCUGUUUUUUUGCCAUUUUAUUAUAUGUAUUCUCAGUUACACACUGUUACAAAUAAACGGAUUAUCUAUCUAUCUUUUAAGAUAUGAUGUUUUUACUAACACCUUCCACACUUUGUUCUGUCAAAGUCUGAGCAGAGUAAGCUUUAUACGGCCUCUAACUCGAUAUUUAAUAGCAAUUUUUUCCUCUUAUAUAGCGUUUCCAGAUGUUUCUUCAAUCAUCGAACUCCGAGAACAAAAUAAAUCAGACAUGGAGAUGACGUUAUCUCAUGAGCUCGAGAAGAUACUUCCAAGACUUAAAACAUUAGAUAUGGACUGGCAGAAUGUACCCACAGAACAGAUAUCGACAGAUAUGGAGAAGAUAAUCGAUAUAUCGUCGGAUGAGAACAGAACAGUAACAGAGCAGGCACUGAGAAAUAUGACGCUGCUUCGAGACGCGACUCCAGAUCAAGACUACUUGUUCUACCGGAUGGCAAACGGGUCCUUCAAACUGCAUCGCACUCCAGCCACCUGGACAGAUGCUCGUCUUAUUUGCUAUGAUGAAGGUGCGGAAAUAGCUUCGCCGGAAGACGAAACCCUGUUGGCAACCAUGAGCAAAGUAUUGCUGACAAGCAAGCAGCCGCCGCUGUUCGUGUUUACGGGCGUAAAUGACUUGUACUCUAAGGGAUUUUACUCUUCCUUGAGAGGCACCCCGCUGGCAGCGAUGCCGGCGCGCUGGGCGCCCGAGGAGCCCGACAACGUCAACCACGGCAACAACUGCCUGGUCUUGCAGCGCAACGGACUGCUCCACGACGGCAAAUGCGACGAUGUCUAUCCUUUCAUCUGUUACAAAAGACAGACAACGAGCAAGUCUAAUUUCUGCGGCACUGAUAUAGAUUAUAUAUACGACAAGAGCACGAAGUCCUGUUACAAGUUCCACACCGAAGUGGCAACAUGGCACGAGGCCUACGCCACAUGUUCCCGCGAGGCCGGACACCUGGCUGUUGCGAACAGCGAUACGGAGGCGAAGGUCCUAAGUCGCAUGUUUCCCAAGGACUGGGGUGUUGCCGCCAUAGGGUUUAGUUACUGGAGAAAGGACUUGUGGGUGACAAUUCAUGGUGAAACCUUGGCAGAAGCAGGCUAUGACACCUGGGGUAAGGGGGAACCCAACGACUGGGAAGUUCAGCGAUGCGGUGCAGUCUUCGCUGACGGCACCCUCGAUGACAUCGGCUGCCUCCGCUUGAGUGGCUACAUUUGUGAGAAGAAAUCCAUCUGGAUAUAA